CUCCCUCCCCAUAGCUAAGCUCUCCCUCUUCCCCUUUCCCAGUUUGCCUCUCCUCUUCCCCACUCUGCUCUGUUCUGUUCUGUUCUCUCUCUCUGUCUGCAGUUCUCUGCUGCGAGCUCCAAAGGAUUCUGAUUACCACUGGGUGAGAAAGUUCUUUCUCUUUCUGGGUUGAGCUGAAUCUUCUUGUGCUUUCUGUGUUGAGCUGAAUCUUCUUGUUCUUUCUGGGUUGAGCUGAAUUUUCUUGUCCUGUCCCCUGUUCAUCUGCUCCGAGGCAGCUCCUUUCUCUUCUACAAAUCUUUUCUUGCCUUUUCUUCGAGUGAUGGGUGGAGGGUGAGAGAAGGAGAUUCUCUAGUUUUAGUCCCCAACUGCAGUUUGUGUCUCUCCGACAGUUUCCGAUCUUUUCUUGAUCUGUUCGUUUUUGGGUGAUUGAUCCAUUCAAUUAGUGUUAUCGAGAAUUAGCCUACCGGGAGGAUUUCCUUCUCCUCGUUUGACCGGAGAGGAAAUAAAUCAGUAGUCGGCUAUCUCAGUUUCAGAGGUUCAUCACAGACAGGGGUCUGUCCGAUUUGCUUGCAAAAAGGAGAGCUUGGACGUUGGGAGAUUUAGUGCUCUGAGCCUCUCUCUCUCUCUCUCUCUCUCUCUCUGCAGCUAUGACAGUUCAGGAUCAGGGUGGAGGGAGCCGUCCCAAUCCCAUUCUCACCGGAAGGAACGAACUCUCUCUGGGCGCAAGCCUCCGAUCACUAAACACUGCCAUUCAGUUGAAGGAGCAAAUUUCUUGCGGGGCUGAUUACUCUCCCAAGGUUAGAAAACCGUACACUAUCACGAAGCAAAGGGAGAGGUGGACAGAGGAAGAGCACAAGAAGUUCCUCGAAGCUCUGAAGUUGUACGGCCGAGCCUGGAGGCGGAUAGAAGAACAUGUUGGUACUAAGACGGCCGUUCAAAUUCGGAGCCAUGCCCAGAAGUUCUUCUCAAAGGUUGUUCGGGAAUCGAGUGGAGGAUCAAUAGAGCUGAUAGAGAUUCCUCCUCCUAGGCCGAAACGAAAGCCUGCGCACCCUUACCCGCGCAAGCUCAUGGAUCCCCUUACUAACACCGAACUCUCGAAAGAGGACCAGCAGAGAAGAUCUCCGUCUCCGAAUUCAUCGGUUUCGGAACGAGAACAACACUCCCCGACAUCAGUGUUGUCUGCAGUAGGUUCAGCCUCUGGUACUCCUAGUCCUAUAGAAGAAAUCGGGUCUCCAUCUCCGUCAGCUGUGACUGAGCCAGUGGCUGUUGCUUCAGUUCUUAACGAGAAGCUUGAGCUGUUCCCCAGCUUACGUGAAACGAGCAAAGAUGAAGCCGAGGAAGCAUCUGCCUGUGCCCAAAGCUUUAAGCUCUUUGGAGCACUGCUACCAGUCAGUAACAUUGAACAGUCAGCUUCCACUAUCGGGGACAUGAAUGAGAGGAAACCCCUUGAGAUGUCUCCAUGGCUAACCCUUGGCAGCCAGAACUCGAGAACUCGCCCAUUUAUGCAAGGCGACAGUCCUGAUCUCGCUGACACAAAAAUGGAGAAGUUCCUAACAGCAGGCUUUGGACCAACUUGAAGACUCAAUCGGGAAAUGACGAGGGAGAGCUCAACCUGGGCUGGAAUUUGAGAAGUGAGAAGCCAGGCUGUGUCCCGGGAUCAAGGUUUGGCGUGGGCCGUCGUGAAGAUUGCAUGAAAGGGUUCGUGCCGUAUAAGAGGUUCAUGGCAGAGAAGAGAAGUGAAUGCGCGAUGCUGUGCGGCGAAGACAGCCAGGAGAAGCAGAGAAUCCGCCUCUGCUUGUAGUGCUUUCCCCGUCUUCCAAGCAUUAGGUGUUAGUAUAUUUUUUAGUCCUUGUCCAUGCACUGUGUGAGCUGCUAGUUCCCUGCAAUUUGUAAAGCCGUUACCUAUGCUAGGUUCUCUUGGUUUCUGAAUUUGAAGCCAAGCUGUGUUUGCGGCUGUCUCAAUACUCUCUAGCUUCUAAUAUCUAUUUUUCCCUUUUUUUCGGUUCAAGAUUUUGACAGUGUAAUCUUUCUGUACAGUAUGGAGUCGAUAGUUCCCUUUGGUCUUUCCACG